AGGAACGCAGGGAGUACAGCGCGGAGGCCCCUGGCACCCUCGGUCGCCGCACCCUCGGCCACCCGCCAUGGCGCUGGGCUUGGAGCAGGCAGAGGAGCAGCGGUUGUACCAGCAGACGCUCCUGCAGGACGGGCUCAAGGACAUGCUGGACCACGGCAAGUUCCUGGACUGCGUGGUGCGGGUGGGUGAGCGCGAGUUCCCGUGCCACCGCCUGGUGCUGGCCGCCUGCAGUCCCUACUUCCGGGCGCGCUUCCUGGCCGAACCAGAGCGCACGGGCGAGCUGCGCCUGGAGGACGUGUCCCCAGACGUGAUGGCCCAGGUGCUGCACUACCUGUACACGUCGGAGAUCUCGCUGGACGAGGCGACAGUGCAGGAUUUGUUCGCUGCGGCGCACCGCUUCCAGAUCCCGUCCAUCUUCACCAUCUGCGUGUCCUUCCUGCAGAAGCGCCUGUGUCUGUCCAACUGCCUGGCCGUCUUCCGCCUCGGCCUCCUGCUCGACUGCGCGCGCCUGGCCGUGGCCGCCCGCGACUUCAUCUGCGCGCGUUUCUCGCUCGUGGCGCGCGACGCCGACUUCCUCGGGCUCUCGGCCGACGAGCUCAUCGCUAUCAUCUCCAGCGACGACCUCAACGUGGAGAAGGAGGAGGCUGUGUUCGAGGCGGUGAUGCGGUGGGCGGCCCACGGCGAUGCCGAGGCCAAGGCCGAGCGCCAGCGCGCGCUGCCCACCGUCUUCGAGAGCGUGCGCUGUCGCCUGCUGCCGCGCGCCUUCCUGGAGACCCGCGUGGAGCGCCACCCUCUGGUGCGGGCCCAGCCCGAGCUGCUGCGAAAGGUGCAGAUGGUGAAGGAUGCCCACGAGGGCCGCCUCACCGUGCUGCGCAAGAAGAAGAAGGAGAAGGGGAAAGAGACAGCCGGGGCCAAGGCUGCUGACAAGGGCACAGGCGAAGCCAAGGCAGAGGAGAACGAGGAGGACGAGCGUGUCCUACCUGGCAUCCUCAAUGACACUCUGCGCUUUGGCAUGUUCCUGCAGGACCUCAUCUUUAUGAUCAGUGAGGAGGGCGCCGUGGCCUAUGAUCCAGGAGCCAAUGAGUGUUACUGUGCCUCCCUCUCCACCCAGAUCCCCAAGAACCACGUCAGCCUGGUGACUAAGGAGAACCAGGUCUUCGUGGCUGGGGGCCUCUUCUACAACGAGGACAACAAAGAGGACCCCAUGAGUGCUUACUUUUUGCAGUUUGACCACCUGGACUCGGAGUGGCUGGGGAUGCCGCCGCUGCCCUCGCCGCGCUGCCUCUUCGGCCUGGGGGAGGCUCUCAACGCCAUCUACGUGGUCGGCGGCCGGGAGCUCAAGGACCGCGAAAGCAGCCUGGACUCGGUCAUGUGCUACGACAGGCUGUCGUUCAAAUGGGGUGAAUCGGACCCGAUGCCUUAUGAGGUGUAUGGCCACGCGGUGGUCUCCCACAUGGACCUUGUCUAUGUCAUUGGCGGCAAAGGCAGCAACAGGAAGUGCCUGAAUAAGAUGUGCGUCUAUGACCCUAAGAAGUUCGAGUGGAAGGAGCUGGCACCCAUGCAGACUGCCCGAUCACUCUUCGGGGCCACCAUCCAUGAUGGCCGCAUUUUUGUGGCUGCUGGGGUCACAGACACAGGGCUGACCAGUUCAGUGGAGGUGUACAGCAUCACAGACAACAAGUGGGCAUCCUUUGAGGCCUUCCCGCAGGAGCGCAGCUCGCUCAGCCUGGUCAGCCUGGCCGGCACCCUCUAUGCCAUCGGUGGCUUUGCCACUCUGGAGACUGAGUCCGGGGAGCUGGUCCCCACAGAGCUCAGCGACAUCUGGAGAUAUAACGAGGACGAGAAGAAGUGGGAGGGUGUCCUGCGGGAGAUCGCCUACGCCGCGGGCGCCACCUUCCUCCCCGUGCGGCUCAACGUGCUGCGCCUGACCAAGAUGUGACAGCCGGGGGGCCUGGACU